UCUGAAUCCCUAUGGGAUGCACACCAAGCUUCUCGUAAACAUCAUGAGGCAAUUAAAAAUGUCAAAGCCAAUGCUGCUGGACUAACUCGGGCUAACAAUGCAAAACCUGAGGCCCCUAAACCUGAGUCCUCAACUGUAUUGUCUAAUGCUACAUCUGAACCCUCUAUGAAUUUGCAGAAGGCUCAGCUAUCAUCUGGGUUUCCUGCAGAUUUUUUUGAUAAUCAUGUGACAAAGAAGCAAAAAUCUGGAAAUGAUGCGGUCAAGUUCCUAGAUCCAGAUUCAUACAACAAGACUGGGGGUUCUGCUUCUGCUCAGACUCAGUCAAUGGAGCCUCUUGAGUCGAAAAACAAUUUAGACAGAUUGUCCAGUUCUCACUCUGAAAAGAUGGGAAAAAGUGGAAUUCAUCAUGCCAGGGACCUUACCCAGACAUCAGGAAAGAUUGUUGGUUCAGAAACCAAGGAAGUAAAGGGUGCUCUUCCUGAAGGCUUCUUUGACAACAAGGAUGCUGACCUUCGUGCACGUGGUAUUGUGCCUGUUAAGCCGGAUGUCAAGGACGAGUACAAAGAAUUUGAAAAGUUGAUUCAGGAGGAUUUGAAGGAGGUGGACAACCGUUUGGAAGAAGAAGAGUUUGAUGCAGCUGAGAUGAUUGAAGAGGCCGAGCCUGUGGAGCAAAAGGUGUAUUGGGAGAAAGUGGAAAUGCUGAAGAAGAAGAAAUUGGAGCUGAAGGCAGCUAGAUCCAGCAGACGGAGUAAAGAGCCUGAGGUCAGAGGCAAGGGGCAUAGCUCUAAAGAGGAUUCAUCCAGUGAUGAUGAUAGUGAUGGGAAUUUCAUGGUUGAUUGGAGAGCACAACACCUGUGAAUACUUCUGUUUGAAAUUUUCUGGUAGCAUCGCCUGUGCAGACAUGUCUAUGUUGGCAUGCAAACACCUGAUUACGUUUGCUGGAG